UAAAUUUAAGACAGCUAAUCAAUAUUUUCUUUGAAAAUUCUUCAACUCCUCAAGCCAGACAGUAUUUUGUUAGUAUUGAGAAGGGCAAGUGGGACGAAAACUCGGACAUAUCGAGUUUUAUUUUCUACCCGAGAAUGCUAGCAUUGCUAUCGAGCUAGCCUGCAUCUCUUCUCGCGUCUCUACGUUUUCAGGGGGCUCCUGCUGGUGAGUCUGCCGGGCAAGGCUUGUGGUCUAGGCAGCUGUGGCUAAUAAAUGCCAUCACCCAGCGCUCAGGUCAUAUUAUGAGUGGGGCGAGUUGUAAAGCUAACGGCGCUGUGUACCCCGCCUCAUCAGUCGUGAUGAACUCGGUGAAGAAACCGAAGAUGGAGCAAAUUCAGGCCGACCAUGAGCUCUUCCUGCAGGCCUUUGAAAAACCAACUCAGAUAUAUAGAUUUCUCCGCACACGAAACUUGAUAGCCCCCAUAUUCUUGCACAGGACGCUCACCUUCAUGUCUCAUAGAAACACUCGAACAAAUGCCAAAAGGAAAACAUUCAAAGUGGAUGAUAUGUUGCAGAGAGUGGAGAAGAUGAAGGGAGAGCAGGAAUCUCAAAGCUUGUCUUCACAUCUGCAGCUUACCUUCACUGGGUUCUUCCAUAAGGAUGAAAAGCCAUCUCAGAAUUCAGAAAAUGAACAAAACUCAGUGUCCCUUGAGGUGCUACUCGUCAAAGUCUGCCAUAAAAAACGCAAGGAUGUAAGCUGCCCGGUAAAGCAAGUGCCUACAGGUAAAAAGCAGGUGCCUUUGAAUCCUGACAGCAACCAAAUCAAGCCUGGCUCCUACCCUUCCUUACUGGUUUCCAGCAAUGAGUUUGAGCCCAGCAACAGCCACAUGGUCAAGUCCUACUCACUCCUGUUCAGGGUGUCACGCACAGGGAGGAGGGAUAGCAACGGUCUGGUGAAUGGGGAGGCCAAUGAGAACAUUGAUGUAACAGAGACUCUGAGCAGAAAAAAGAGAAGUUCCUCCCACAGAGAAGAGGGCGAAAACAUAGAGACCUACGUUGCACAGAUGACUGUCUUUGACAAAAACAGGAGAUUGCAGCUGCUGGAUGGGGAGUAUGAGGUGUCAAUGCAAGGGAUGGAGGACAGUCCUGUAAGCAAGAAGCGAGCCACAUGGGAGACCAUUCUGGAUGGGAAGAGGUUGCCACCAUUUGAGACAUUCUCUCAGGGACCCACAUUGCAGUUCACACUGCGUUGGACGGGGGAUGCCAAUGACAAGUCCACCGCCCCUGUGGCCAAACCCCUGGCCACCCGCAACUCAGACAGCUCUAGUCCAAUGGAGACCAGGACCAGCAACCAUCGAGCCGCCCUAGUGGCAGUGAAGGAAACUGUCAGCACAGAUAUUCAAACAAGGAGAGAGCAGGUCUCAUGUGAGCCACGACAGAAACUGCGUAUAUUUUACCAGUUCCUGUACAACAACAACACACGGCAGCAGACGGAGGCGAGGGAUGAUCUUCACUGCCCCUGGUGUACCCUCAACUGCAGGAAGCUCUACAGUCUGCUGAAACACCUCAAACUCUCCCAUUCCCGCUUCAUCUUCAAUUAUGUGCCUCACCCUAAAGGAGCAAGGAUAGAUGUCUCCAUCAAUGAGUGCUAUGAUGGCUCCUAUGUGGGAAACCCUCAGGACAUCCACAGCCAACCUGGCUUCGCUUUCAGCCGCAAUGGCCCUGUUAAGAGGACUGCUGUCACUCACAUAUUGGUGUGCAGGCCAAAGAGGACCAAGCCUAGCCUGUCAGAGUUCCUGGAGUCUGAGGAUGGGGAGCUGGAGCAGCAGAGGACCUAUGUCAGUGGCCACAACCGCCUCUAUUUCCACAGUGACAGCUGCAUGCCCCUCCGGCCGCAGGAAAUGGAUGUGGACAGUGAGGAUGAGAGGGACCCUGAGUGGCUGAGAGAAAAGACUGCCACGCAACUCGAGGAGUUCACUGAUGUCAAUGAAGGAGAGAAGGAGGUGAUGAAGCUGUGGAACUUGCAUGUAAUGAAACAUGGUUUUAUAGCAGAUAACCAGAUGAACCAGGCCAGCAUGCUGUUUGUGGAGAACUGUGGCUCCCACAUUGCCCGCCGCAACCUCUGCCGCAACUUCCUCCUGCACCUGGUCAGCAUGCAUGAUUUCAACUUAGUGAGCAUAGCCACCAUCGACCGUGCUGUUGCGCGCCUUCGUCAGAUCCAAGAGGAGCUGCCAGACACACAGGAGCUGGACCAGACAACAGGAGUAACCUGCAACGGCACUGCCAUCCCCUCCAGUGGGGGAAAGCAGGGUAAGAGGACAAAAAGCGCCGUAACAGACUGAUGGUGGUCGGAUGGAAGGAUGGCGAUCACAAACAUUUCUGUAAUUUUGUAGGACCAUUUCCAACCCCUUGGUGCUUAGUGGGAGGACUUUAUCGUUGGGGGAGGGGCAUCUGACUCGAACCAGACCAGUAUACAUAAAAACAAACUUGUAGGGACUUCAGGACUGAACCAAAUAUGAACUAUAUACAAUGAAUCACCCAUAUUCACACAAAUUGGCACAUUUCAGGAGUGGAUAAUCUAAGUUGAAGCAACUUUGCAUUUGAAGUGAUCUGCCAUUGGGUGAGAGUGAACAAACUGGGAAUUUUAUGACACGGCACAACUGCCUUUGGUUUGUCAUUGUACUAGAUAUCUGUAUCAUGACUACAGUAAGAAUCUCUUAUUGGUAACAUUGUCACUCUUGAUUAAUUGUACGCAUUCACAAUAACCUUGUUGGCUCUUGUUACCCUUUUAGGUUAUUUUAGCACUUGGUAUUUGUAUGUAGAGAAUUGUUAACUUGAAAAUGCAAUCUGUUUUUAUCCUUACUUCAUCCACAGUCAGAUGUAGAUUCUUGUGUCUGAAUCAUUCUCAGAUUAUCUUUCCAUUGAAGGAAGACUUUGCUUUUGGUUUUACACAGCAACAAAUGAUGUUAACCCGAGAGGGUUAUGGUAUUGAAAAAACGAGAACCUUACAGUAGAAAUCUACACUCAGCAUCCACGUUUUAAAGCGUACAAAGCCGAUAAAUCCUGUUUUCUUAAACCAAGUCGAGGUCCAAAAAGUGAGGUGGCUCCUUUGCUGGUGAGUUCCUAGGCAGUCAAGGUAAGGAUAAUCUGUUGUUAUAAACCUGGUUCACAGGACAAACGCAAUACAUCACUGAUUGGUGGGGCUCAUCAUCCCAAAUCAUGUGGCCUACACUAGUCAUCACAGAGAACAUGACACGAAAAGCUUUUCUAAUGUUGUGUUUUACCAAGAUUUAGUAAAACAACCGACAGCAUCUUGCCUCAUAUAGGCUGCAUAGAGUUGAAUAUGCACAAAUGUAUGGACAUUUUCUGAUCAAAGCCGGACCCUGUUACGCAUUACCAUUCAGUUGAUGAUGAUGAUACCCUCUUUUAACACUGCUUGUGAGUAGCUUAUAAGUUACGGAAAUUUUAUACAUUGUAAUAAUGUCCUAUCUAGAUGUACCCCAUUGUGAAUCCAAUAAUUGACAGAUUGCGAAACAUAUCAGCCAUUUUUUUUUCUUUUCUCAAAAGCAUUGGAUUGUUUAUUUUUGAUGUCAAACUUGGUUGUCUAUCCUAUUGGGCACACUUUAUGCCAAAGGUGGUGAUUUACAAAGUCCUUAUUAGUUCUGCAUUAUUUUUUAGCUUCUUGUAUCUUUUUAAAUCAUUCAAUCAUAAGAGAGGUAGUUAUGUAUCAUUGUAUGCACACAAACAGAAGGACACCGUUAUUUAAUCAGGCUUCCCUUGUGGAAAACCAUGUUAACUAUUUCCUUCUCCCUCGACCAUUCUUACAUGUCUUCCUUUGUCCUUUGGGAGACUCAACCACUUUGUCACUAUUGUCAGAAAAAAAAAACCAUGUUAAAAGUGGUGAACUUGUAUAAUUUGGAUAUGGGGUUUUUUAUAUUUAAAAAUAAAACGCGUUUGACCUUGU